UGCGGCGAUGAGUUGCGCCCGGCCUCAGCCCGGCGGUGCUCGGAGCGGUGCGGUCGGCGCCGUGCCUCGCUCCGGGGAGCUGCCCCGCUCCGGUUCUCCCGGUUCGGCUGCUCCGGAGCUGCCCGCAGCCCUGGGGACGCGGCCGUGCCUCUGAAGUGGGACGGGGUGGGGAGUGGGAAUGCUGCCCGUCCGCAGCUCCCGCCGUCGGGGCGCGCUCGGGGGGGGUCUAUGCGUCCUUCCAAGUCAGUCCCCCUCCCUGGAUGGUAGCACGGGGCGAUAUCCCCGUGUUGUCGGUGACCCUACGCGUGCAGGGGAGGGGCCGACCCCACGGGCUGUGCUGGGGGGCACAUCCCGACCCCGUCCCGCGUGCCGGACCCCCCUGGCGGGGCUGUGUCUCCUGCUCACGCCCCAAGGAGCGAAGGUCAGCGGCUCGGCCGCAGCGCGACGCUCCCACCCGGCUCCGGCCCGGCUCCCCGCUGCUGCCCGGAGGAACCGGGGCCGAUCCCCACGCAUUGUUUUAUUCGGGGCCUUACGGACAAAUGCUCCUCGAUCCCGAGGGACGGGCGGGAAGCGGCGAACAAUGGCUGCGAGGCGCCGGGCUGGGGGGCUGCCAGCACCCCCGGGGCACCCCAUGGGGCCCUGCUGCACCCCCGCGUCACGAUUCCCGGCUUUGGGGCUGGGCGAGGCCCUGGGGGCAGCUGCUCCUCACGCCAUGGGGACAUCUGGGGACGCCCAUGUGGUCGCAGCCCCCCUCUGCAGCCCCCGGUUCCUACGGGUGUUGAAAAGCCAUUAAGCGGGGACGCGGCACCACGGUCCCCGUCCCCGGGGCCGCUUCCUGCGCAGGAACAGGCGGCUGCCAGCGCCCUGGGCUUGGGACCUCCGGAUCCGGCCUCGCUCCUCCCUCAUCGCUGCGAUGAGCUGCGGGGUCUCAGCCCGGUGCUGCCUGGCUGCUGCUGAGCACCGGGCAGCGAGAUCCGGGGGUGCCCACCCGGGGACAUGGGGUGCUGAAGGAACAGCGUGGCCUCGAUCCGUUCCUUCCUGGGGAGCGGGCGUGGGGCAGGAAGGAACCGGCCGGCACACUCGCUCCCUGCCAACAACAGCAGCUUUUUGGGAGGCAGCCCUGGCCUCCCGCCAGAGCGGGCUCAGCCUCAGGGAUUGCGGCUUGUCAGAGCCGGGCACGGUGUAAGGCCGUCCCACGUCCCCUCCGGUGUCACACAGGGGCAGAGGAUGGGGUGGGAGACGUGCCCAGCCCCGGGGUCUUAGCGUGCUGCACCCACUUGUGGCCAGCCCUGCAGGUGCAGGACGAGAGGCGCAUCCCAGAUUUGGAGGGUUUGUCCCCAGCAUCGGCAUUCCCAGCCCCGUGCGUGGGGCUGACCCUGCCCCUUGCUGCAUGGGGACGGCGCUGACUCGUUUCCCCGUAUGCCAGCACUCAGCACCCUGCGGUGCCAUCGGAGCGGGGACGUGCGCUGUGUUACACCCCGUGGUGCCUUGGGCACAGUGUCCUUACUUUCCCCAGGCAGAGGGCAGCCACCCGCAGCAUCCCCUCCUGUGUCCCCUAGCCUGUGCCCAGCAGAGGAUUGUCCCCUCCAGCACCCAGCCUCGCAGGGACCGGGACCCGCUGUCCCCUCUCGCUGGGGUCCCGGCAGGGUUGCGGAUGCAGCGCAGCCCCGUGCCAUACCUCAGUUUCCCCUCUCCCACACAGAGCUGCCGCCCUCUGAGUUCAUGCAGGUGGCAGACUCGACGUGGUUGGUGCUCAGUGUCGUCUCCAACGGCCGCGCGCCCUCCGGCUGCCAGGCCACCGGCGUCACCAAGAUCGCCCGCUCCGUCAUCGCGCCGCUGGCCGAGCACCACGUCUCGGUGCUGAUGCUCUCCACCUACCAGACCGACUUCAUCCUGGUGCGGGAGCGGGACCUGCCUGUGGUCAUUCACACCUUGGCCGGGGAGUUCGACAUCUACAAGGAGGAGAAUGGUGAAUCCAUCCCAGUUCCCUGUGAUGAUGCCAGCAAUGGGUUCCUCAAGCCCAAGUCGGCUGCGAGCCCCACGCUGCACCCCGUGCAGAGCCCCCAGAACCGCUUCUGCAUCCUGACAGUGGCACCCGACACGCUGCCUGCCAUCGCCACCAUGCUCAUCGAUGUCCUCUUCUACUCCCACGGCCCCCCCAAGGAACCCAGUGCCGGUGACCUCGACUCCAUCACCUUCUUCUCCUUCUCGCUCAUCGAGGGCUACAUCUCCAUCGUGAUGGAUGCAGAGACCCAGAAGCGGUUCCCCAGCGACCUGCUGCUCACCAGCUCCAGCGGGGAGCUCUGGCGGAUGGUGAGGAUCGGUGGGCAGCCCCUGGGCUUCGACGAGUGUGGCAUCGUGGCGCAGAUCGCCGAGCCGCUGGCUGCUGUCGACAUCUCGGCCUAUUACAUCAGCACCUUCAACUUUGACCACGCGUUGGUCCCCGAGGAGGGCAUCACCGAGGUCAUCGAGCUGCUGCAGAAGCGCCAGGAGAGCGGCAGAUAGUGGCCGGCUGUCCCCAAGCCGGGUGGUGGCCCUGGGGAGCAGCACGGUGACACCGUGCCCGUCCCCUCCUGCACGGGGCUGUCCCCAGCACGGUGUUCGCUGUUCCUCGUUCCUACGCCUUUCCCUGGUGCACGGCAGAGCCCUGUGGCUCAGCAUCACUGCCCAUGGGGGAUGCAGGGGGACACGCUGGCACGGCUGUGACAGUGUUAGUGGCAGAGGGCAGCGCCAUGCCUUCCUCUGCCUCGGGCUCCUGCCCGGCUUUCUCAGGGUGCAGAGGGGCUGAUUUAAGGCAUUGGGGUGGCAGGGAGCAGGGGCCUGUGUGCCCCGGAGCCAUGAUUUGCCUCAGCCCCAGCGGAGGUGACAGCGUGCGCUGCCUGUCCCCAUCUGGGUGUCUGUGCUGGGUGGUGGCCGUGAUGCUCCAGGGGGCUGCAGGGGGGUCAGGGCAGCACUGCAGCCCCGUGUCUCCUUGGGGUGGUCCCCUGUCCCUACCACUGUGUACUGCGGAGGGACAACGGUGACUGCCCAGCUCCUUUCAAGCUGUUACACACUUUUUAAUGUCAAUAAAAGUCCUAUUUUUUGU